AUGUCGUCGUGGCAGAUUUUCUCCGACGCCGAUCAUAAUUUCCGGUGGCAAAUCAACUCAGACACUUCAAAUGUUACCACACCUUCACCCCCUUCCAAUCCUAUUCUCACACCUCCCCUUCCCUCUAUGUACAAUCUUCUCCUUCAUGCUUCCACGUCACACCUUUUUCAACCUCAAGAUGAAGAACAUGCUAUAGAUGAUAGUUUUGGAUUCUCGAAUUCUCUUUUCAAGACGGCCUCAGGAAGAAAAGUUACUAUUUCUUCUAACAGUCUUGUUAGAGCAAAGACGUUACUGGAUUCAGGAUUCCAAGAAGAAGCUGUUGGUACUGAUAUUAAAACCCCUCAGAAUGCUAAGAGAUUUUGUGUUUUUGAUAAAGAAUCACCCUCAACUGUUCUGGGUUUCGCGUCGUUUCAGAGUCCUUUAGUUAGUAGGUUGAGGAAUGGUUUUGAAAAUAAAAUUGUGGAACCAGAUAGUGGUAGUGGUGGUAAGAAAGCUCCAAUUGAAUUCCACACCGUCAGUAGUGAUAUUCAAAUCCCUCAGAAUGGUAAAAAUGAUCAUGCUUUUGAUGAAGAACCGCCUCAUUUACAACUCGUGGAUAGUACUAAAAGGACAAGUUCUGUGUCGUUUCAAAGUCCUUUAGUCAGUAGAUUAAAUAAUGGGUUUGAGAAUGAAAUUGUGCAACCAGGUAGUGGUGCUAAGCAAGCUCCGACCAAAUUCCAAACUGUUGUUCGUAGUAUUCAAACCCCUCAGAAUGCUAUAAAAUUAUAUGCUUUUGAUGAAGAAUCACCUCAUUUACAACUUGUGAAUAGUUGUAAAAAGACAAGUUCAGCGUCGUUUCAAAGUCCUUUAGUUAGUAGAUUAAAGAAUGGUUUCGAGAAUAAAACAGUGCAGCCAGAUAGUGGUACUGGGGGUGGGGUAGCUAAGCCAGCUCCGAUUAAAUUCCAAACUGCAGGUGGAAGGUCAUUAUCCAUUUCCAGUGAUGCGCUGAAACGUGCUAGGAGCCUUCUCGGUGACCCUGAUUUGGGAGAUUUCUUUGAUGGAGGGGAUUCACUUUUAUCAUUUCCAGAUAAGAGUAAGACCAACACAACCAUUUCCUAUGUUGAAAAUAAUGAGAGUAAUAAUACUCAUACUCCUCCGGUCCAUCAAAUAACACCAGAAGGCAAUCACAAUCACAUGGCGAAAAGUUUCACAUCCCCUUUGCAGCCUUCUAAGCAAAUGGAAUUUUCAAAUAAGCUUUGCCAUGAAGGUAAUGGGAACAACUUAAUCAUGAAAUUUGAUGACGCUGUAAAAGAAAAUGACUGUGUCCGAAAAAGUAGCAACACUCCGGGACAGAAACCCUUGCAUAUCAGGAAUGAGGUGGUUGGCACGACAAUAAAAAGUUCUUCAGUAAAUGGUUUGUCCUCACGGAUGGAUCCACGUGGAAAACCAUUGGGUAGGGCAUUAGUUGAUAUUUCCAACACCAUUAACACAGUUAAUACAAAUAAUAAACAGCCUGCUAGUGGGAAAAGGAGAUUAGGAUUAAAUAUAACUGUUUCUCCCUUCAAAAAGCCUCGCAUUUCCAAUGUCUCUGCCUCUGGUGACCAGGAUGUUCAAUUUUUUCCUAAUGAUUUGUCUCAAUUAUCAUCUGGUGCUUCUGGAUGCAAAAGAAAGGUUUCUACCCGAUAUCCAUUUCAGUAUCCAAGGAUGCACAUCAAGGAAUUUUUUGCAGUUCCUCUCCUAGAGCAAAAAGUGCAUUUUCCCAACCCAGUCAAACAGGUGACAUCGGGUAAUGCAGGAAAGUACAUAUUCCGUGAUGGAUCUGUUGAUAAUGUUAUGGGAGCAGAAGCUUUCGUCCAUCUAUUGGCACAGCACGGUGCUUCCCUUCAUUUUGCUUCAAAAGAGUGGGUCUUAAAUCAUUACAAGUGGAUUGUUUGGAAACUGGCAUGCUAUGAGAGAUGCUAUCCAUCUAGAUGUGCUGGAAAAUUUCUGACUGUAUCGAAUGUGCUCGAGGAACUGAAGUACAGAUAUGAGAAAGAAGUGAAUCAUGGCCACCGGUCUACCAUCAAGAAAAUUUUUGAAGGGGACGGAUUGCCUACUUCAAUGAUGAUUCUCUGCAUAUCUAGCAUUGACUCUGAUCACAUGCUUGAAAGUGGGACAUUAGUUGAGGAGCAAACCGGGAAUCAGAGUAGGGAGGCAGUAAAAGUUGAACUAACUGAUGGAUGGUAUUCUAUAAAUGCCGUUUUAGAUGUUCCAUUGUCAAAGCAAGUUGCUGCUGGAAGAUUGUUUGUAGGACAGAAGCUUCGGAUAUGGGGAGCAGGAUUAUGUGGCUGGAACGGGCCAAUUUCACCUCUCGAGGUGUCAUCGACAGUUAGUUUAUUUCUUCACAUAAACGGAACAUAUAGAGCUCAUUGGGCAGAGCGGUUAGGAUUUUGUAAAGUUGCCGGUCCACCUUUGGCUUUCAAAUGCAUAAAAAGCGACGGUGGUUUAAUACCUCAAACUUUGGCAGGAAUUACACGCAUUUAUCCCAUUCUUUACAAAGAAAGGUUAAGCAGUGGACAAUCUGUUGUUAUAUCAGAGAGGAUGGAAAAUAAAAUUAUGGAGCUGCACAAUCAAAGACGGUCGGAUGUUGUAGAUAAUAUUGUUUCGGAAUAUCAGAAGGAAGGAAGUAGCUCGCAUAUUUAUGAUAACGGAAAUAGUGAAGGGGCUAAGAUUUAUAAGAUGCUGGAGACAGCCGCAGAACCCGAAUUCCUAAUGGCAGAUAUGACUCCGGGGCAACUUAGUUCUUUUGCUGCUUAUAACGCCAAGUUAAAUGCAAUCAAACAAUCACAAAUGGAAAGUGCAAUUAACAAAGCUUUGAAAGAUACUGGCUUGGGAAACAGAGCAGUAACACCAUUUAUGAGGUUGCGGGUAGUUGGCUUAACUUGUAAAACUAGGCAAGAGAAGCCUAAAGAAGGAAUAGUAACUAUCUGGAACCCAACACAGAAGCAGCGUCAGGAGCUUGUUGAGGGAGAAGCAUAUGCAAUCGCAGGACUCAUACCAUCAGGCUGUGAUUCAGAUGUUCUUCACUUGCAGACUAGAGGAUCUUCUACCAAGUGGUUGCCAUUAUCUUCUAAAUCAAAGGAACAGUUUAAGCCAUUUUUCAGCAGUCGAAAAUCAAUCACACUGUCAAGUUUGAGUGAAGUCCCCGUUUCCACUGAGUUUGAUGUUGUUGCAUUUGUUGUGCAUGUGGGAGACGUUUAUACAUCAAGCCAGCAAAAGAAGCAAUGGGUUUUUGUGACUGAUGAAUCCAUCAUGUAUGGUUUACAGUCAGAAGAGUUAAUGGACACAUUGCUUGCCAUAUGCUUCUGCUCCCCAUUGAUUGAACAUGAUUCUUUUCCACCAAUCAACUAUAACCUGGCUGGAUCUACUGUUGGUUUCUGUAAUCUUAUAAAAAAAGAGAAGGACAAUUCAAAUCAUAUCUGGGUUGCUGAUGCUAAUGAAACCUCAACCUAUUAUUUGAAAUUUGAUUCCUCACACUGUUCUCACCUCAGAAAUGCUGCCAGCUCCGUCAGAAGAUGGGCUAGCGAAUCUAGCUUGAUAAUGGAUAAACUCAAGGAAAAGGUGUUCGGUAUAAUUGGUGAAUGUAAAGCCUAG